GUUUGUGUGUGGUGGUGCAGGUGUGCGCUUGUGGGAGUGAUACUGGGACGUGUGGGAAACUCCCCUCACAUUCCCAUGACUGAUUGAGGGGGAAAAAAAAGAAAAGACAAUCUCACACAGCCUUGCUCAUCGGCCAGUCCGGGCUCCGAGUGACCAUGUUCCUGCGCUGCUUGCCCCUCUUCCUGCUGGUGCUGGAAUGCAUCGCUCCUUGUGCCUCGAGCCAGUCGCCAGGUGAGAGGAGGCAGUGCGCUUUCCAGGUCUCACCGCAGAACAACAAAUACCUGAAGGCGGGCAACGUGAGCGGCUCGGUGCAGGUGUGCGAGCACACGGACUGCUGCGUGGGCUACUACAUUGCCGUCCACGGACGACUGCAUGUUGACGUCCUUGCUUGCGAUGUCACUGAAAAGUCUUGCCCGGAUGCCACCUGCGAGGCGCAGACGCGCUUUAACAAGCAGGUGGUGAAGUGUGUGUGCAGCGCGCACCUCUGCAACCGCAACCUCACCUGGAGCGAGGAGCCGGAAGAGCCAGUGCCCUCGACCUCCGUGGAUGAAACAUGGGUCGUCAUUGUUGCCAUUGUUCUGGUCCUGUGCCUGGUGGUUGUGGCCGUGCAAUUGAGAUGUCUCUCGCACCACAAAAGGUUAAAGUCUGGAGAUCGACUUGUUUGUUUGACUCGUCGCUUGUGUUUGGGGAUGUUACUUCCUUCAGUCACAUCUUCAGCAGAGAACCCCCAAGCUUCUCUUAGUAUCUCUCCAAUGUGUCCCUGUCAAACAAUGCACACGUCCCAGAUCGACGUCACUGAUGUUCAACUGCAGCAGAUCGUGGGCCACGGGCAUUUUGCCACAGUGUGGCGAGGCACGUAUCAAGGAUCUGCGGUGGCCGUGAAAGUCAUCCCCGCCGCCGCGAAGCAUGCGUUCAUCUCUGAGAAGGAAGUCUACGAGCUCCCGCUAAUGAAGCACGCCAGCAUCAUCCACUUCCUGGGUGCUGGGAGAAGAUCGGACGACGGAAACUGGCUCCUUGUCUUGCAAUUUGCAGAAUAUGGCUCUCUGCACUCCUUUCUGCGUCUGAACACCAGCAGCUGGCCAACAUCACUCAAGCUGUGCCUGUCUUUAUCACAGGGACUCUCCUAUCUCCACUCGGAUCUGCACACCCAAGAAGGGCACAAACCGCCUGUGGCCCACAGAGACCUCUGCAGCUUCAACGUGCUCGUCCAGGCAGAUGGCACCUGUGCCCUGUGUGACUUCGGUAACUCCACCAUCCUGCGCUCACACUCAGGCCAUCGCCAAAUGGGAAACGCAAUGAGUCACGCUCAAACACCAGGCACCCUGUGCUACAUGUCCCCCGAGAUCCUGGAGGGUUCUGUAAACCUCAGCGGCUGGUGUCUGCACGGGGACAUCUACGCUUUGGGCUUGGUGCUCUGGGAGAUCUGCAUGCGCUGCUCCGACUUGUUUGAAGACGGCGCAGUGCCACAACACCUCCUACCUUAUGAGCGUGAGCUGGGCGGCCUGUUGACAUGGGAAAGCCUCACCGUCCAUGUGUCUCACAAGGAGAUAAGACCCUCCAUACCCGAGCAUUGGCAGCUGCUGAAACAGGGGCCAGCGCUGCAGGAUCUUCUCAGAGAAUGCUGGGACUUGGACCCGGACGCCCGGCUGACUGCUGAGUGUGUCAUGGACAGAUUAGUCUCCCUUUAGUCACUUUAAUUGCAAAAUAUGUUUUACUUUUACUGAAGUAUUUUUGUUAAGAAGAAAUGCUACUUUUACUCCAUUACAUUGAACUGCAUUCCGAUCGCUACUUUUAUUUAUUUUUUUUAAAUCUAUUAUUGCUUGUUUGAGCUAUUUAUUUUGGUUUGUCCGCGACUUCUGUCACAUGACUCUGUUUCACCAAUCCAACAAACAAACACUAGCGACGUUUUAUAUCAUUUCGCCAAUCAAAUGCAGCAUGGCAGUUAGUUACAUUACCGCACACAAAGUCUUCAAGUUUUCAAAGUGGCUAAUUUAUGUGAAGCCUGGCAGAAAUAACGGAGGAAAAACAACAAUUUUCCUUAAUUCAUGUUGUUUUGUAAAUGUUUAAUUUAUUAUUAUUUUAUAUAAAGUGAUAUUGUUGGGCAAUAUCUGAAUUUGCACAUAUUUUAUAUUUUUGUCUACUUGACAUUCAUGCUCUGAUUAAAAAAAAAUUGAUCAAUAUGAUAUCUAAUAACGUGAUGUUAUACUGCAAAACAAGUUAUUAUACAGUUAAGUGUCUUAUAAUUACGAUAUAAAGCGCCAAAAGCAAACAUGGUCGCUCAGUAUGGUUCCCCUUGUGUCACGUGAUGUGUUUUUGGGAUGCCGUAAAAGCUUAAGAAUCCUUGGUUGACAAUCUGUAUGUACAGCCCAUAACGCAACAUGACACUACCCUUUAUUAAUUAACAGAAAUAAGCGUGAAUAAGCCGAUAACUCGUGGUCGGCUAUUGACUUCCAUGGGCUUUCUGCCAACCCAUUUGGUGACGCACCCAUUGGUCGAUUUGAAAGGCUCCUUCAUUUUGUGUGGAAAAAUAGGCCCCAUUAUUUGAAGAAAACUAUUGCUAUGAAUCCUUAUGAAAUGGGAGGGCUUAACUUCCUGGAUUUCCACACAUGAAUAAUACUUUCAAGGUGAAUUAGAUAAAACAAAAUCUGGAAUAUUAUUCCUCACCAUGUAUUGACUUUUUUCUUGUAAGCAAUUAUGACAUUGAUAAAGUCCCUCCUAAGAUGUCUGCUUUUCACCGUCAGGCAUUUCUUUCAUGGUCUCUCAUAUAUAAGCAUCCAUCCAUGUUCCAUAGAGAUAUUACAACAUUGCCUUAUGUUAUUCCACAUUGGAAUAGGUUUGUGGAUGAUAUACCAUGGAAAAAGGGUCUGGCUCUAAACUAAUUACGAAUAAAGUUAGAGAAACAUUUUUAAAGCUGAGCCAUCAUUUCUAUCCAGGUAAAUGUUAUAUAAACAAGAGAUUUAAGAAAAGAUAUUGAUGUGAACUGUAGCUUUUGUAAUGAAUACGCUCAAACAGUUGUCCACCUAUUUUGGUACUGUCCAUAUGUUAAUCCUUUUUUUUUUGGGGGGGGGGGGGCAAAAACUAUGUGAUUUUAUUCACAAUAAUGUUGAAAGGAAUAUGGUACUCACUUGGAAGAAUGUAUUGUUUGACCUCUUUGAAGAUAUAUUUUUUUAAAGAAAUUCUAGUUACUUAAUAAAUCUGUUAUUGCUUAUGUCUAAAUAUCACAUUCAUUGUUGUGAAUACAUUGGAAGAAAGCCAUGUAUUACUGCUUUCUAUAAUGAGUUCAGACAGUCAUUGACAUUGACAUGUCAUUAAGUACUUUAACAAACAAAAAUCUCUGAAAACAAUUGAGUCUUGCAUUGCUUUAAACGUAUUUAUAUGAACAAAUGUGUCCCUAGCAUGCUAUAAAAGUAGAUGUUUUUUUUUUUUUAAUUCAUUUUUAAAAUGUAUUUGUUUUGGGUUUUUAUUUCGUUCCUUGUCCUUUCUGUGUUCAUGGUGAAUGACUUCUGUAUUUCUAUUGGUCACUGUCCAGGACUUGUUUUGGUUAAAUGUUUGGGUCUGUGCAUUUGUGUUGAAAGCAGUUAUCUAUUAUAAUAAAAGUGUGUGUGUGUUA